UUGCUUUACUCCACCGUCCGCCUCCGCUCCCAUCUAUUCUCCCCCCUCCUCCCCUGAAACCCCAGCUUUGCAUGGGCAGGCGCUUCCCAGCCGCCGCCCUAGCCGCCGCUGUCCGCCCCUACGCCCGCUUCUCCCCCGCCGCUAGCAAGGCAGCGAAGCCCCCGACCGCUCCGCUGGAUACUCCCAGGAACGCCGGUCCCGGCGCCGCCGCCGGGGCUAGCUCUGGACGGGCCGAGGUGCGGGAUGUGGCGGCGGCAUGCGGGAUGCAGGAGGACGACCGGGUGCCGCUCGCGGAGGUGGUUUUGGACUGCACGAAGCGGUGGUUCCAGGACACGCUCAAGGAGGCGCGCGCCGGCGACGCCGCCAUGCAGGUCCUCGUCGGUCAGAUGUACCGCAGCGGCUACGGCGUCAACAAGAACGAGCACAAGUCUAGAAUUUGGAUGGAGAAAGCAUCAAGAUAUCGGUCUACAGUCUGGAAAGUUUGCAAUAAACGACCAGGGUACAAUGCUAGUGACUCAGAUUCAGAUGAUGUUAAGGAAACAGGCAAAUAAUGGAUAUUUCCGAGUUAUGGGAUUGUUGGCAGGGGUCUGCAGUGACUACAAAGCCAGCAAGGCGGCACAAAGAAUUCAAAUAUGCAGUUGUAUCAAGAAAAAGUAUCUGCGGCCCCAUUUGUUAGCCCGUAUGGUGUUUUGUUUUCUUUCCCUUUUUAAAGUGUGUUAAAUCUGCUUAUCAUCACAAAUGUAAAAUUUCUCGGAAUGUGUUUCAAUUGGACAUAUAACAGCAUCAACAGGAUAUUCAUUUACACAGGUAUUCGUCAUGCAUUAUAA